AUGGCAGUAAAGCCACAGAUUAAGACAGAGAAGGAUGGAGGAAAGGGAGAAGAGGACCAGUCGCGUCCCCUUGAUCAGAUUGAUAUAGAUAUUAUGAGAAAGUAUGGAAUGGGGCCAUAUGUAUCAAAGAUUAAACAGGUGGAAACAGAGGUCAAAGACUUAAUGUCAGCUAUUUCAAAACUGAAUAGUAUAAGGGAGUCAGAUACAGGGUUGGCUCCACCAUCUCAGUGGGAUUUGGCUGCUGAUAGACAAAAUAUGCAGAUGGAACAGCCCUUACAAGUUGCAAGAUGCACAAAAAUUAUAGAUGCCGGUACUGAGGAGGCGAAGUAUAUGAUUAAUAUUAAACAAAUGGCCAAGUAUGUAGUUGGAUUAGGAGAUAAAGUUGCUCCGACUGAUAUAGAAGAGGGAAUGAGAGUUGGCGUAGAUCGUACUAAGUAUAAGAUUCAGAUACCUUUACCACCAAAAAUAGACCCUUCAGUAGCAAUGAUGACAGUGGAGGACAAGCCUGAUGUUACUUAUAAUGACAUAGGAGGAGCAAAAGACCAAUUGGAACGUCUUAGAGAAGUUGUUGAAAUGCCUUUAUUACACCCUGAAAGAUUUGUACAAUUAGGUAUUGACCCACCAAAGGGAGUACUAUUAUAUGGCCCUCCAGGUACUGGAAAGACCUUGACAGCAAGAGCCGUAGCAAAUAGAACUGAUGCAUGUUUCAUCUGUGUUAUUGGUUCUGAAUUAGUACAGAAAUAUGUAGGAGAAGGAGCAAGAAUGGUUAGAGAACUUUUUAAACUAGCAAGGAGUAAGAAGGCUUGUAUAUUGUUCAUAGAUGAGGUUGAUGCAAUAGGAGGAGCCAGAGGAGAGGAAAGUGCUCAUGGGGAUCACGAAGUUCAGAGAACUAUGCUUGAAAUUGUAAACCAACUGGAUGGAUUUGACGCAAGAGGCAAUAUCAAGGUUCUGAUGGCAACCAACAGACCAGAUACAUUGGAUCCAGCUCUACUAAGACCUGGAAGAUUGGAUAGAAAGGUUGAAUUUGGACUUCCAGACUUAGAAGGAAGGACUCAAAUCUUCAGAAUCCACGCGAAGGUAAUGAGCAUGGAAAGGGACAUUAGAUUUGAACUACUUUCUAGACUUUGCCCAAACUGUACAGGAGCAGAUAUAAGAUCAGUCUGUACUGAAGCAGGGAUGUUUGCAAUAAGAGCAAGAAGAAAAAGCAUCAGCGAAAAGGAUCUUUUGGACGCUAUUAACAAAGUUGUUAAAGGCUAUAAGAAGUUCUCUGCUACAGCAAAGUAUAUGGUUUACAAUUAA